CUAUAAAUUUAUCAAUCUGAUAAGAAUGUUGUAGUUUUAAUGACAUAUGAUAAAAGUACAUUGUGUAUCACAAUGAAAGUUAAGAAUUGUAUAAAUCAGAAGUAAUGAUAUCUAUUUGCAGGAGAAUCUUUCUCUACACUGUUGUUAGUUUAUUGAAAUAUUAAGAAAACAUCAGUAAUUAAGAACUACGACCUUACUUUCACUUUGUGACAUUUAAUCCAUAUGGUAACAACAGGUAUUAUUGCACACGUGAUAAAUCGUAUAUAUUUUAAUAAACAAGAAAUUAAUAAACAAUGAAAUCUUCUCAAUUAAAAAAUAUUUUUAAUAUCAAAUAUGUGAAAAAAUGCAGCGAUGAUAUUCAAUAUGGAACAGCCGGCUUUAGAGCUAAGGCAAAUGUUCUUGAACAUGUUCUAUAUAGAAUGGGAUUGCUAGCAGUAUUGAGAUCUAAAGUUAAAAAUGCUGCAAUUGGUUUAAUGAUUACGGCAAGUCAUAAUAUUGGGUCUGAUAAUGGUGUGAAACUUAUAGAUCCAGCUGGUGAAAUGUUAGAAGCAGCUUGGGAAGAUAUAGCUACCAACUUAGUUAAUGUAGAAGAUUCAAAUUUAGUUUCUACAAUAGAGCAUAUUAUAAAAGAACAAAAUGUUAACAUGUCUACAGAUGCAGUUGUAAUAACUGGUAGAGACACUAGAGAAAGUAGUCCUACAUUAUUAAAUGCUGCUCUUGCAGGAAUUGAAGCCUUACACGGAUUUGUACAAGAUUUUGGUAUAGUUACAACCCCUCAGUUACAUUACCUUGUUGUAUGUACAAACACAAAUGGUAGUUAUGGCGAUCCCACUUUAUAUGAAUUGUUAUUAGAUGCUGCUAACGGUGUUGGAGCUAAUGCCAUAAGAGAAUUUAAAAAUUACAUAGGAACAGCAAUUGCAAUUAAUGUAUAUAAUGAUGGAGAUGGGAAAUUAAACUACAUGUGUGGAGCUGAUUAUGUGAAAGUACAACAAGUACCACCUAUAAAUUUUCCUCUCAAACCAAAUGUUAGAUGUGCAUCCAUAGAUGGUGAUGCAGAUAGAAUUAUUUAUUUCUACAUGGAUGAAGAUAAUAAAUUUCAUCUUUUGGAUGGUGAUCGAAUAGCAACACUUAUUGCUGAAUAUCUUAAAGAACUUUUACAAGAAAGUCAUUUAUCAUUUCAACUUGGUUUAGUACAAACAGCAUAUGCUAAUGGUAGUUCUACUGAUUAUAUUUCAAAUGUACUACAAAUUCCAGUUGCUUGUGUAUCAACUGGUAUUAAACAUCUACAUAAUAAAGCACUAGAAUUUGAUAUAGGAAUAUAUUUUGAAGCAAAUGGUCAUGGAACUGUACUUUUUAAAGAAACUACUAUUGAAACAAUUAAGAAAGCUAUCAUAAAUCCAAAACAAUCUACAAAUGAGAAAAAAGCUGCCUCGAAAUUACUGAAUAUAAUAAAUGUAAUUAAUCAAACAGUUGGAGAUGCUUUUAGUGAUAUGUUGCUAGUAGAGACAAUUUUGCAUGCGAAAGGCUGGGAUAUUAUAGAAUGGGAAAAAAUGUACAAAGAUUUACCAAAUCAACAACUAAAAAUAAAAAUUAAUGAUAAAAAUGUUAUUACAACAACUAAUGCAGGAAGACAAUGUAUAACACCAGAAGGAUUACAAAAUGAAAUCGAUAAAGUAGUAUCACAAUAUAAAAAAGGACGAUCUUUUGUAAGACCAUCAGGAACUGAAGACAUAGUACGAGUAUAUGCAGAAUGUGAAAAUUUAUGCGACCUUAAUAAAUUAAUUACAGAUGUGGCAUUGUUAGUCUACGAUCGUGCAGGUGGAAUUGGACCUAAACCUCAACUUUCCUAGUAAAUAACUAUAGUUCUUCAUUAUUUGCUAUACAUAUACAUAUAUACCAAUUACAUUUAUAUUAGUGUACAAGUCUUAAGAAUUAUAAUUUAUAUAAAUUGUACCUUAGUUGAGGGUAUUAUAUUUUAUAUCAAUAAUAAAUUAUAUAUGUAUGCAAUAUUAUAUACAUAUCAUAUAUAUAUAUUACGUAACAGACACUACGAUUUUUCAGGCACUUACGACAGUCUGAUGAAGAAAUGUUUUGAAUGAAAGUUAAUUAGCUUCCAAUCGACUACAAAUUGCAAUGUAAGAAAUUUCCAAGAAAUUGAUUUUUCGAUAGAAAGUCAAGGUCACCUUGGCCUUUUUAUGACAUUAUGUAUUUUUGGCUUCAUACCGUUAUAAAUGAUGUUAAAAUGAGUUCAAUGAUUUAUUACAUUAUGAUCUUAAAAAUAAAAAUUAUUUUAUUUUGAUAAAAUCACACGUUUCCAAAUGUGUAAUUUAAUAAUUCGUGAGCUUCAACAAGAAAAAUCAUACACACAUUACAAAAAGAUCAUAAACAGCGUACAAAAAUAAAAAUAUUUUGUCUAGUACGUUAUUAAACGUUUGGAAAACCUUAGUUGGGCACUUAUGAACCUAUACCUUGAUCACUUUGGUUACCUGAUUUGUCCUUAUUAGAUUCUUUUUGUUUACAGUCGGUGGUCUACAGUUUACGCUGUAUUCAAAACCUUAUAUACCUAAAGCAACGAAUCUGUGCAGCAUGUCCACGCACAAGAUUGUAAUAACAAUCAAUACAAAUUUACUGCAUUUUUCGGAAUUAUGCUCUUAAAAUUAUGGGCUAUAAUUCGAGCAUAUCAUAAUACUACAUAAGCUAUGUUUAUUUCUAUAAGCUCUUUGUGCUUUUUUUGUAAUAUACUUAUUAACAUUUUUCUUAUUGAAGCUCACCAUUUUCAAAUAUAUAAUUUGAUCGAAAUAACGUAAUUUUUAUUUCAAAGUCAUAAUAUAAUAAGUUGUUGAAUUCAUUUUAACAUAAUUUAUAACGGUAAGAAAUCAAAAAUACAUAAUUUCAUUUAAAAAAAGACAAACUGAUCAUGACUUUCUAUUGAAAAAACAAUUUUUUGGAAAUUUCUUGUAUUGCAAUUUGUAGCCGAUUGAAAGUUGAUUAACUUUUAUUUAAACCAUUUCUUCGUCAGACUAUAAUAAAUGCCUGAAAAAUCGUGGUGAUUAUUAGGUGGUACAGCCUGUAUAUGUAUAUACACACAUAUCAUAUAUAAAGAACAAAGUAUUAGUAAUAUUGUACACACCUUGAUUUUAUAACUUUGUAAUACAAUAAAUGUUGUAUCUAAUAUAUCGUAAUAUAUCCAGAAAUUAUAUUUUUAAUAUAAAUAAACAUAUAUAUUUACA